AUGCAAUCACACACUUUCACCCGAACUCGAGGUGUACCUGUUGUUAUAAACGGUAGCGUCUCCCACAAUAGAUUACAUGACAUUCAGCCAUCCACUUCCCGACAGUUGCCUAGAUCUGUUUCUUUAGCACCCCGUCUUAGGAAUGGCGAACAGUUUGAUGCUUCGCUUCCACCGACCUACUGUCCAAGGUUUCAUGAUGAGGCAUCAGUACGUCGGAUGACUUAUCGAAGAGUUGCAGCCACUGAUAUGAUGGUAUCAAAAAUUGGCUUCGGUGGAGCAGCGAUUGGGGGGAUGUUCGGCAACAUAGAAGAUUCAAUAACUCAAAUUGUUGAAACUGCUUUACGGAAAGGAAUCAACUUCAUUGAUACGGCUUACUGGUAUGGGCAAGCUAGAAGUGAAUCAAUUUUAGGAAAAGUUCUUUCAAAAGUUCCCAGGAAGACUUAUUACAUAAGUAGCAAGGUUGGAAGGUUUGAGCUCGACUACGCUAGAACCUUCGACUUCCGCGCUGACAAAAUUCUAGAAUCCUUAACAAAUAGUUUGAAACGAUUAAAACUCACUUAUAUCGAUGUUUGCUUUGUACAGAUUCAUGACGCUGACUUCGCUCCAAACGAAAAUAUCAUUUUGUAUGAAACGUUACAAGCACUUGAAAUGGCUAAACAUUCGGGAAAAAUUCGCUAUAUAGGUCUUACGGGAUAUCCACUUAAGAAAAUGGCUUCUAUCAUUGAGUUCUCGGCUACCCGUAUUGAUGUGGUGAUGACAUACUGCCAUGGAGCGUUGAAUGAUAACUCCUUGGGCGAAUACAUGUCAUUCUUCCAGUCUCGCAACAUUGGCGUUUUCAACUCUUCGCCAUUGUCUAUGGGAUUGCUUACUGAGAAAGGACCGCCACCUUGGCAUCCAGCCAGCGAGAUAAUCAAAGAAACGUGCCUCGCAGCUACUCAAUAUUGCAUGUCCAAAAACAUAAGCAUAGAAAAGUUAGCCCUAGAGUAUGCUUUCAAUAUGCCUGGAUGCCACAGCUGUCUAGUAAGUAUGGAUAGCAUCAAACAGGUGAUAGAAGAUCUUGAAAUAUGCACGACUACGGUUUUAACGGACAUUGAGCAGAGAGUGAGAGAUCGAAUUAUGCGCAGGUACUUGGAUCGUUUGGAGAAUGCUGGUUGGGAAGGUGUAGAUGUAACCCAAUAUUGGAAACGUUUAAAAAAAUUAGGUCUGACAGCGAUGGCAACACAUAGACAUUCAAGUGUUGAAAGCCUAGCUAGUACAUUGAAUGGCUUAUCAAUGUUUUCAUCACCUAGCAGCAGUGAGCUCAGAACACCGAAAAGAACACCGAAGCGAAUGUGA